AUGUCGUCGGAAAUGUACAGCAUUGACUUUGAUGUAGCAAUCGUUGGGGGUGGAAUUGCGGGGCUGACAUUAGCGAUUGCUCUCAAUUCUCGGUCGAUUCCAGUCACUCUCUAUGAGCAAGCGGCCUCAUUUGGAGAGAUUGGGGCGGGUGUCUCCUUCAGCCCCAAUGCUGUCCAGGCUAUGAAAGUUUGCCACCAGGGUAUUUACGAAGCAUUUGAAACAGUGUGUACUAGAAAUCUAUGGCCGUCUAAAGAGAAAGUUUGGUUCGAUUAUGUGGAUGCAUACAGCGAUGUAAUGUCCAACGGUGUUCUUGAAACAGCGUUCACCAUUUCGAAUAGUCUCGGGCAGAACGGCCUCCACCGCGCCCAUUUUCUGGAAGAGGCUGUCAAGCUCAUUCCCAAACAACUUGCGAGGUUUGGUAAACGACUUCAAAACAUCACUGAAGAAGGCAACGGUAGACUCGUGAUGCAUUUCGACGAUGGGACCGCAGCUGAGACUGACGCGAUCAUUGGAUGUGAUGGGAUCAAAUCCCGGGUGCGCCAGGCCAUAGUUGGCCCCGAUCAUCCCUCCGCCCGGCUCGUUUAUACUCACAAACAUGCGUACCGCGGGCUCAUUCCGAUGGAGGAUGCGUGUGCCGCUGUUGGUGAAGAGCGAGCUCAGAAUGCUUGCAUGUAUAUGGGGCAUGACAAACAUAUCCUAACCUUCCCGGUGAACCACGGAAAGACUCUUAAUUUGGUCGCAUUCAGAACGACCUCGGAAGACUGGCCUGACGCCCAGAGAUUAACCAGGUCAGGCCAACUGGACGAGCUUCUGCACGAAUAUCAGGAUUAUGGGCCCACAGUCAUCAAGUUAUUAAAGUUGCUCGACCAGAAACUUAAUGUGUGGGCGAUAUUUGAUCUUGGCUCUCCCGUUCCAAUCUUCUAUAAAGGUCGCAUUUGUAUCUCAGGCGACGCUGCGCACGCUACGUCUCCUCACCACGGCGCCGGGGCGGGGUUCUGCAUUGAAGAUAGUGCUAUGUUGGCGGAGCUGCUCGCAGACGAGCAAGUCAAGUCACGGCAUGAACUGGAAGCCGUCUUUGCUACAUGCGAUGCAGAGAGACGAUCAAGAGCGCAAUGGCUGGUAGAGAGCAGCCGAUGGAUUGGAGACUGCUACGAAUUACGUGCACAAGGGAUCGGAAAUGACUUCACUAAGAUUGAGGCCGAAAUCAAGGAAAGAAAUGCGAUUAUUGCUGAUAUCAACAUAGAGCAGAUGUGCGCGAGGGCUAAGGACGAGUUGCGGAAGAGGCUGUCAAGCCCUUGUGAGAGGUAA